GGGGGCCGGGCAGGAGGAAGGAGGGCCCCAGUGUCCAGCCAGGCCAGGACACAUCUGUGUAAGGCCUAACCAGAGCACACAGGAGCUGCAGCAAUAGCCUGGCAGAGAGAGGCUCAGCCUAGCAGUGGGGAAAUCCAGGCAGAGUGUGGCCCUGGAGACUGAUCAUCAGGGCUGGCCCUACUUGGGCCAGCAUCUGCUCUCUGCGUCUGGAUUCUGGAUGGGGGUCAAGCCGGGGGAGGAUUAAAGGGUCCCUAAUCUGACGGGGAGAGUGCUGGUCCUGCCGCCUGACUGCCACUGUGAGCCCUGCAGACCCCUGCCAGGACAGCAUGAGUGAGCAGGACAGGGAGACGGAAGAUGACGAGGAUGGGGGCACGUUGGACACAGCACCCAUGCUGCCCGGAAGGCCUCCUGACCACCAGACCUCCGCCCUGACAUAUGCACAGCGGCCAGGCCAGGCUGGCCGGGGCCUCACGACCCUGCUGCUGCUGGGCCGCGCUCUAGCCUGGCUCCUGCUCCACCUGCUGCUGCCGGGGACAGUCUUCCUGCUGGUGCUGCUGCCUGCGGCGGCCGUGGUUUACCUGGGAUUCCUGUGCCACUCGAGGGUCCACCCGGCUCCCGGCCCCGGCUGCCGCGCUCUGCUCUCGGACCGCGGCUCCGCGGCGCUCAUCGUGUUCGGCUUCCUCUUGCUGCCGCCUCUGCUCGUGCUCGCCUCGGCCGUCCGCUCCCACCUGAUGCGGCGCCUCCGCCCACUGCUACCGCCCUCUGCGUGGACCCCUGAACCCCACUCCAACAGGGAGGAGCAGUUCUGCGCCUGCGUGUGACGCCCGGGAAGACCCCGAGUUCCCCCAUGAUACCCACAAAGCGGUCCCAGGCGCAGGAGCGGGCCACUGUUGGCCUCGAGGCUGCGUGCUCAGUGCGGGGGUGACCACCAGGUGGCACCGAGCUCCUGUGACCCGGCCCGGCCCUUCCGCCUCCCUGGCUGUCCUGGUCGCUACCCCCUUGUGUCCCGGUUCUGCAGGUGGCCAGGCCUACUUGGGGGGCGUUGGGUCACUAAAGGCCAUCACAGUGGUUUCAGAGCCUGUGACUGGUCCGGGGCCAACCCGGGCCAUUGAUCAGGGCUCAGUGUGGCUGGGCUCCAUCUGCCUGGGAGCCAAAGUAAAGGUUUACUCUGUUUUCCUGGGUAAUUUUAAGAUCUCUCUUUAUCUUUGGCGUUUUGCAGUUUUAUGAGCGUAUUUCUAGGUGUGGAUAUGUUUUCCCUGCUACUGAAAAUUGAACUCAGGGUCUCACAUGUGUAGGCAAGGGCUUCUCACUGGGCUGCUUCCCGGCUUUUUCUUUUCUUUUUUUCUUUUUUUUUUUUUAUUUUUGAUACUGGGGAUUGACCACAGCCUUCACACUGAGCUCCCUCCCUCUCUAGCUUUCCUUGUUAUUACUAUUAAUUUUAUUUGGGGAUAUGGUCUCCUCUCUAAAUUGCCCAGGGUGAGCCGGGCGUGGUGGCACACC